GCACGACAUUCCCACUGUCGUAGUGACUGAGCGUUGGCUGGCUGAGCAUCACAGGUGUCGGCAUGGCGACGGCGAUGACGUGGCUGGCUCUGGCGCUCUUGGGGGCGUGUCUGGUGUCUGCGGGCGAGCGCGGCGGCUGCGGCGACAACGUGGUGCCGCCCUACAUCCUCCACACCGAGCCCUGCCGGCCCAGGGCCUCCAGGGACGACUUGGACGUGAGUGAUGCAGAGCUGGAGGAGGAGGUGCACACAGGGCUGCAGAAGGGUGCCAGGUUGGCGCAGAAGUUGUUGGAGCACGAGAAGCAGGUGUCGGAGUGGCUGAACGUGCCACUGUUUACGCCGGAGUACCACCACUACCUCACCAAUGAGGCGAGCGACAGUGACAAGCAGCAGGUCAAGGGCGUGCUCCAGGACCUCGCCAAUGCCACCGCACUCGCAAGGCACCUCUCAAAGCGAUUUAACAUACCCCCGGAGGCCAUGGGAGACUUCCUGAUUUCUUUAAAAGUUCCUGCAGAUCCAGCUCAUGUUCUGCAAAUACCUACAUGUGAUGCUUCUGAUAUCUACAGAACACACAAUGCGUCAUGUAACAAUUUGGAGCAUCCAGCAUGGGGAAUGACAAGUACUGCAUAUACACGUCUUGUCAAAUCAGUCUUCCUCGAUGGUAUCAAUGAACCAAAAAAGUCUGUAACAGGGAAAGAGCUGCCAAAUCCCAGAGUUCUGAGGACACAUCUGUUUCCUACUGGAGACUUUAAUGACAAGAUCAACUCUCUGAUGUACAUGCAAUUUGGGCAAAUGAUAGCACACGACACGGCUCUCAGUGCAGACUCGGUUGGAUUUGAUGGACUUGGCAUUGAAUGCUGUUCACAUAAUGCAACUCCUCUCCCAUGUAAGAGCCUCAGCAUUGGAUGUUACCCAGUGAAAAUUUCAAAACAUGAUAAAUACUACGCAGAUAAAGGAGUGACAUGCAUGAGUGUAGCGAGGUCAAUGAAGAAGUACACAGUGGGAGGAUAUCUAGGCCCUGGAGAGGGUACUAACACUGAUAAUCAUAUACUAGAUUGUUCUUUCACAUACGGAUCUGACAAGGAUCGAGCAGAUCAGUUAAGAGAAUUCGACAAAGGACAACUCAGGACACAGGAACUUCCUGAUGGCAGAAAGGUGUUGCCCCAGAAUGACAAUCCAAUGCAGUCCUGCAGCCUGCCUACGAAUAAUGGAACCUGUUUUUUUGCUGGUGAUGGUCGAGUGAAUCAAAAUACCCAGCUGUCAGCACUUCAAAUUGUAUUUUUACGAGAACACAACAGAAUAGCUCACGAAUUGUAUUCCAUGAACCCGCACUGGAACGAUGAGAAGAUAUACCAAGAGGCCCGCAGAAUUUUUAUUGCUGAAUACCAACAUAUCGUCUACAAUGAGUAUUUGCCACAGAUUUUGCGUGAGGAAUGGUUGGAGAAGUUUCAUUUAAAACCAAAUGAAACAGGUUACAGUAAUUGCUAUGACACCUCCAUAAACCCAGCAACAAUGAUAGAGUUCACUCAUGCUAUAUUCAGAGUAUUUCAUGGGGUUGCUCAAAGUGACUUGCUCAUGUACAAAGACAUAGGAUGUCCAGUUGGAAAAAUCAAAAUAAGUAAAUGGAUGGAUAAGCCAGAAGUACUUGUUCAAGAUCAGCACUUGAAUCAGCUCACACUUGGUCUUACUCAACAACCUGCCACAAAAGAUGAUAAAUGGACAGUGUAUGAGCUUAACAGAAACCUGUUCAGAGUAGAUCAGGCUUAUGGUCAAGAUCUAGAUAUGUUUGACAUUCUUAGAGGAAGGGAUAAUGGUUUGGGAAGCUACAAUGAUUACCGGGAAUUAAUAAACCUACCACAAGCUAAAAAAUUUGAAGACUUUGCUGAUCUUAUGUCAUAUGAGGAUGCCAUGGCCCUGUCCCACUUUUAUGAGCAUCCAGAUGAUGUUGAACUUAUGAUGGUGCUGCUCGAAAAAAAGAACCAGGAUAUACUGAGUGUACGGGAGGCUAUACUUUGUGAACAGUUCUACCGCUGGAAGUGUGGAGACAGAUUUUUCUAUGAUUAUAGUGGAUCUCCUUACCCAUUCACACAAGAUCAGAUCAAUGAAAUCAAAAAGGCAACCAUGUCCAGACUAUUAUGUGAUAAUGCUGAUAAUAUAACAAGAAUACAGCCCAAUAGUUUCAAAUUAGUUUCCAGCAAGAAUCAGGUGACGGACUGCAAAAAUUUGCCUGUUGUGAAACUGGACUUCUGGAAAGAGGACAAUUGAAGGCACUCCAAAUCAGUUAUGAUGAUCUUGUUACAUGUUAUACUGAUACUGAAGAAUAUAAUAAAUGUGCUUUUGUGAACAGUGUA